CCGAGAACGGAGGCCGAGGGCAGCUCCUCUGGGCCUCGCGGAGGAGAGGUUGGCUGUAAACUUCUCUUUUUUCCAUUUUCUUAAACAUCUGUCGAACCUGGGACCUGGUCUAAAGGGGCGUCUCUGGGCUGCGUGGCACGCGGUGGCCUCUGCCAAGCUGAGUGGCCCUCGCUCACGUGUGCUGGUGACCUGAGACCGACGGGGGUGCUUCAAAGAGUCUGUGAAGGAGAGAAUUAAAAUCUGAAUUCAUUUUGGUGCAAAAAAGAUGAACUCUAAAAUUUUCUCCCCGUAGUCACGUGCUGUGAACUUUCUGAGGACGCGCGUCCUGCCUGACGGCACCUCGGCGCUGCAGGGGUUUGCGAUGGAGAAAACCAAGGUUUGGGAGCAGAAAGGACAGCUUUCAGACCUCCUGUGAGAGCCUUGUGAAGCUCGCCCUGGCUGCCCCGGGCACCCCCGGGAGCUAGACCCCCGCAGCCACCGUGCACUCCGCCAGUCCCGAGUCAGGGCGGUUAGAGCUGGUGACGAGAACUGCCAUCGAGGACAGAUCUGCCUUCGUGUUCUCAGGACUGGAAGGCGGCGCUCUGGUCUGGAGGGGCUCAGCACCUGCCGGGCUCCAGACCCCGAGCCGUGAGAGCCGCUGCCGCUGCAGGGGCCACAGCCGGGAGGAUGCCCGCACGCCCCGUUCUGCCCGUCGCGGGGCUGGGGGCCUGCGCCCUUGUCCUCCUGGUCCUGAGAGGCGGAGCCCCCGGGGGGAAGACCGAGAAACCUGACAUGCUCAGUGUUCUGGAACCUACCACACUCAUGGUGGAUAGCGCUGUCCACGACGCCACGGAGAGGAACCACAUAAAGAGAGAUGCCCGCUCCCGGGCUCAGCUCCUGGCUGCCUCGACGCUCCCCAUGCCGGCCAGCAGCACCGUUGCUCACCCGGCAGCACGGGCCAUGAGAGGGCCGGUCUCCCCAGGACCUGCUCAAUCCCAGCGGCCUCCCGACGCAGCACCAUCAGGUGGCAGCUGUCUCCCGGGAGUCCUGAGCGCCAUCGCCAACCUGUCUGGGUGCCUCCCUCUGCUGCUGCCUCCACGGUGCCCGGACACGUGCCCAGCCAGCAAAUACAGACUCAUCACGGGGGCUUGCAACAACAGAGAACAUCCCACAUGGGGUGCCUCGGACACGGCGUUGGCCAGGUGGCUCCCCGCCACCUACGAGGAUGGCUUCAGUCAACCCAGAGGCUGGAACCCUGGCUACCUGUACAACGGCUUCCCCCUGCCCCCGGUACGGGAGGUGACGAGACAAGUGAUUCGCGUUUCCAAUGAGGCCAUCACAGAGGACGACCAGUACUCAGACCUCCUGACAGUGUGGGGGCAGUACAUCGCGCACGACGUCGCCUUCACGCCGCAGAGCACCGGCGGGGCGCUCGGGGGCGGGGCCGACUGCCUGCUGACGUGCGAGAACCAGCAUCCGUGCUUCCCCAUCCAGCUCCCCGCAAAUGCCCCCACGGGCUCCAGCAGGGCGUGUCUGCCCUUCUACCGCUCCCUUGCCACCUGCGCCUGCAGCAGCGGGGCCCCGGGCGCGGUCCUCGGCAACCUGUCCCAGGCACGCCCACGACAGCAGAUAAACAGGCUGACCUCCUUUCUGGACGCAUCCACCGUGUACAGCAGCUCCCCGGCCUGGGAGAGGCAGCUGCGGAACUGGACCAGCGCCCAGGGGCUGCUCCGUGUCAACAUGCACCACCGUGACUCCGGCCGCGCCCUCCUGCCCUUCGCACCACCGCCGUGGGCCUGUGCACCCGAGCCUGGCACCCGCACGGCUGCCCGCGCACCCUGCUUCCUGGCUGGGGACAGCCGUGCCAGCGAAGUCCCCUCUCUGACGGCGGUGCACACGCUCUGGCUGCGCGAGCACAACCGCCUGGCCACCGCGCUCAAGGCCCUGAAUGCACACUGGAGUGCAGACGUGGCCUACCAGGAGGCACGGAAGAUCGUGGGCGCCCUGCACCAGGUCAUCACCUUGCGGGACUAUGUCCCCAAGAUCCUGGGCCCCGAGGCCUUCGAGCACCACGUGGGCCCUUACAGGGGCUAUGACGCCACCACAGACCCCACGGUGUCCAACGUGUUCUCCACGGCUGCUUUCCGCUUCGGCCACGCCACGAUCCACCCGCUGGUGCUGCGGCUCGAUGCCCACUUCAAGGAGCCCCCCGGGCUGCCCCCACUGUGGCUGCACGACGCCUUCUUCAGCCCCUGGAGGGUCUUCAGGGAAGGCGGCGUGGACCCACUGCUGAGAGGCCUGCUCGCGAGAGGCGCCAGGCUGCAGGCGCACAGCCAGCUGAUGAGCGAGGAGCUGACAGAGAGGCUCUCGGUGCUGUCGAGUCCAGACACCCUGGACCUGGCCUCGCUGAACCUGCAGAGGGGCCGCGACCAUGGCCUGCCAGGUUACAACGAAUGGCGGCAGUUCUGCGGCCUGCCCCGCCUGGAGCCCCUGGCCGACCUGGCUGCAGCCAUUGCCAACGGGAGCGUGGCCCACAGGGUCCUGGGCCUGUACGGGCACCCCGACAACAUCGACGUCUGGCUGGGGGGCUUAGUCGAGAGCUUCCUGCCCGGAGCCCGCACGGGUCCCCUGUUCGCGUGCAUCAUCGGGAGACAGAUGAAGAUGCUGCGGGACGGUGACCGGUUCUGGUGGGAAAGCCCAGCCGCCUUCACCGAGGCGCAGCGGCAAGAGCUGCGGAAGCACUCCCUGUCCCGGGUCAUCUGUGACAACACCGGCCUACCCAGCGUGCCCCAGGACGCCUUCCGCCUGGGGCGGUUCCCCCAGGACUUCACACCCUGCGGGGCCAUCCCCGGCCUGGACCUGGCACCCUGGAGGGAGCGCCCUCCUCGAGAGGGCCGGUGCGUCUUUCCCGACCGCGUGGCUGAUGGUGGCUUCGUGCACUGCGAGGAGUCCGGCCAGCAGGUGCUCGUGUUCUCCUGCCAGCACGGUUAUGAGCUGCGUGGGCAGGAGCGGCUCACCUGCACCCAGAAAGGGUGGGACUUCCCGCCUCCCUCGUGCAAAGAUGUGGAUGAGUGCAGGGACCUGGCGCGGCCGCCCUGCCACCCCUCGGCGCGGUGCAGGAACACGCAGGGCACGUUCCAGUGCGUGUGCACGGACCCUCACGUGCUAGCGGACGACGGCAGGUCCUGCGUGGACUCAGGGAGGCUCCCGCGCGCUUCCUGGGUGUCCGUGGCGCUGGGCGCCCUGCUAGUCGGCGGUGUGGCGGCCCUCAGCUGGACGGCGGUCUGUAGAUGGACCCACCCGGGGACUGAACCCACAUUGCCGGCCUCCGAGGGAGACAAAGAAGCAGAACUCACCAGGCCUUGGGGUGCUCAAGGCCAGCCGCGGCAGCUCGGGCCGGAGCAGGGUGUCCGUGUGAGCCAGCAGCUCGCGGAGUCUGAGCCAGGUAUGGAAGGGAGCAGAUAGACUCGCCAAGAGGAGAGACGAGGCCAUCACCGUGCAGCCAGUGGGAGCCCAGGCCUCGCUCAGCACCUGCCUCAACGGCUGAGACCCGAGAGCCGGCUGGAGCGCUGGCGGGAGUUAGCCUGAGCCGAAGGAAAUACGGACACCUAUAAUUUGCCUUUUUAAGGGGGAAAAUUAUAAUCAUGUAGGAAACAUCGGCAUGCCCUCGCCUUUGCCCGUUUUUCUCCUAUACACGUGGCACCAGGUGGUCGCAUGUUGAAGUCACUCGUGGAGCCGGCUGGAGCCCUGGCAGCUAAGGCGGCCAGACCCACAUGCCAGCCGUGGUGUUCGAAUCCUGCACCUGCCACUCUAGCACAGCAAGCAUGUGUGUGCGUGACCAAGGUCCUUGGGGGCGCAGCGUGGCCCUGUCCACUUCCCCUCUCACUCCCUCUGCCUCUCCGACUCUCCAGCAAGCACAUGCGUGGGCUGGCAAAUUGUUCAGAAAGUCUUAGAAGAAGUCCCUUGUGUAUGUCCGCCUUGUGAACUGGGGUUUUCCAGAGGCAGGGCCUGGGGGCCCGGACGGGUUGGUCAAAGGUGCGGGAUUCAGUGAGACAGGAGCAGUCUGGUCUGUGGCCCGGC